GUUUGUGUUUUUGUUCGUUGAACAUUUUUUUCGAAUUCACAUGUCUCCCGAGCAGCUCGUGAAUGCGGUCGUGCGUCGGCACGGUGGCGAGGAUCACGGCGACGACGGUCAUGCCGACGAGGACGAGCUCCGUACCACCAAGAUUGCCUGUCUGGUUGCGAUUUUCGCGGGCUCCGCGUUUUUCGGUUUCAUUCCCAUGCUGGUGCUUUGGAUUUCCAAGCGUCGCGCUGCAGCACGUGGUGAGGUUGCCAAUCGGUCCGAGUUCAUUUCGCGCCGAGCUGCGCAGGUCGUCAGCUUUUUGAACUGCUUGGCCGGCGGUGUGGUGCUCGGAGUUGCCUUCCACUUGCUGGCUCAUGGCAGCGAAGGUUUUGAGAGCUACUUUGUCUCCCAGGACGACGACGUCAAUGCCGACUAUCCGUUCUCGGGCUUGCUGUGCGCCGCGAGCUUGAUUCUGCUCAUCAUCAUCGAUCGUCGGAUUCUCCAUUCGUUCGGAGGUCACUCGCACUCGAUCCUGCCCGAGAGCUCCACUUCCAAUCACGACCUGCAACUCUCGACGCUGUCUCCCGUCACUACCCGUUCGCAGUUGCUCGCUACGUCCUCCAAUGAUCCUCGUGAGCAGGACAUUGACGACGGCUGCCAUUGUGACGCUGACUGUGCCGACUGUGCCGCGGGAACGUGCAACUGUGGCAUGACUGGCAAAUGCGGUCCGGAAGUCGCCCCCGCCUCUGCUGUUGUCACCGUGCCCGAGCAAUCCAAGAAACCGGUCAGUGAUGUCUCCGAUCAGCCGUCAGCAGUCUCGCACAGCUUGGCAUCCGCGUCCAUCUUUGCCAUCGCUCUGUCCGUCCACUCGCUCUUUGAGGGCUUGGGCAUUGGCGCUGAGUCCAGCUCUACCGGAUUUGCGACCAUUGUUGUGGCAAUGAUUAUGCACAAGAUUGUCGAGGCACUGGCAUUGGGCGCACGUCUGACUUACGCGAACGCGUCUACGCUGCGAGCGUCGCUGAUCAUUAUCGCAUACGCCCUGGUCGCGCCCAUUGGUGUUGGAAUUGGCAUGGGAGCGCAAGAGGGCGUUGAGACCGAGACGAAGGAGCUCACCGAAGGCAUCUUCUUGAGCAUUGCUGCCGGAGCGCUCUUUUACAUUUGCUUGAUUGAGAUCAUCCCGCUUGAGCUGACAUACGUGGCAACCAACCGCGGAGGCAGCGAAAUCUUCUUCUGGGUCAAGGUUGCUGCUCUUCUUGCCGGCUGGGGCUUUAUGAUGGGCAUGGCAUACUAUGCUUAGAGCAAAGCAACAGUCCAUGCACUCCCGAGAAUUCCCCCCCCCCCGCCUCCCUGCUUUGUGUGCACUUGUGCUGUAAAGUGCUGUGUAGCGUGUCGGUACUUGUUUUGAUGUUCGUUUGUGAUUGCAGUUGCAGCGAAACGCUGGCGUCGAGUGCAGCCCGCAUCCCUUUUGAAUGUGAGUGUCAUGUUUAUUUGGUGUUCUAAAUGUUGCAUAUACUUCUCUUCUGAUUCCACA